AUUUUUUUGGUAUAUAUAUGGCCUCAAGUUAAGCAUCUGUUGUUGAUCACCGAGUGACCAAGCUCCCAUUUUUCACGCUUCCCGAGGCUCGCCGGAAAGUUCGUCGGAACCCCAUUUUGCAACGCCCUCUACGGCAUUCCCUGUUAAGUUGAGUUUGAUGGUGGUUAAGAAAUAAGAAGUACUUUGUGUGAGUUUGAAUCAAUGUUUUAACAAGUUAAGCAGAUAUAAUAUUCAAGAUUUGUAUAUUUGAGGUGUAAUUAGGAUUGGUUCGUUUGUGUUCUGUUGAGAUAUGGGAGGAAUGAGAGUUGGGAGCAGCUGGUUGAAUUUGUCUCAGCAUUUGGUUGCUUAUUCUGCUGUGUGUUCUCCUUUGGAGAGACGGGGUUCGGGUGAAGGGUUUGUUCGGUAUGGUUUUGGGUAUUCUUCGUCGAGAAUUUAUAGGAGUAGGUCGUUUGAAAUGGGGAUUUUGAGAGGAGGGAGGAGUAGGGGGGGUUGUUUUGCGAGUAUGGAAGCGUUUUCGGAUGAGGAGUUUUCAGAGAAGAUUACGGAAUUGGCUUUGAGAUUUCAGGUGUCGGAUGGAGAUGGGAGCAUAAGGGGUGGUGUUAAUGAGGCGGAUAUGGACAGUGAGGGGAAUAUGAAUCGGAAUCACAAUAGGACUGGGUUUUUUAGGUCGAGGCUUGAGCCAGUGGAGCCACCGGAUUGGCAGGAUGUUAUUAGUGGAAGUAUAGAGCGGAAGGCGAAUUCUAUUGAACUUCCGUUUUCACUACGGAUGAUUAAGAAGAAGAAGAAGCAGUUGAAGCAAGGGUUGGUGGGAGUAGGGGGAUCUGCACGCUCUUCUGUAAAGAAGGCGUUUUCUUCGAUGGUGUUUAUAAUUCGUGAAUUGCAGAGCUAUACUAUGCAAAUGAGAGAACUUUUGUUUUACGAAGAUUUGGAAGGGAUUUUGGUGAGGGUGCAGAAGGAAAUGAAUGCUUCGUUUGUGUGGUUAUUUCAACAAGUGUUUUCACAUACACCUACUCUAAUGCUGUAUGUAAUGAUUUUGUUAGCGAAUUAUAGUGUUCACUCCAUGGCGAGUAACAGUGCCCUUGCUGCAGCACCCCCAGUAUCUUAUACCAUGGAGUCAGUUUUGGAUAUAGCAGAUCGGAAUGAUGUAGAAAAGAACUUUGAUUCUUCAUCGGUUAAGAUAUUUUCAGUUUCUUCUUCGAGUGGGAAGUUGACUUCUAUUGGUGGAAAAAAUGGUGGUGGUGGGAAGUUUCCGUCUAUUGCUAGUGGAACCAAUGGAGAUGAAGGUGUUGACAGGUCAGCUUCAUCAGAUUAUCAUCGAACAGAUGUGCCUGAUGGUCCAUCGACAUCUGGGAGAUCCGGAGAACAAGAGUCAAUAUUAGGACAAGUAAGCAGAGAAGAAGAGUUGAGUUUGUGGGAUUCCGUGGUCGAAGAAGCUUCUAGUAUGCAAGCUGUGUUAAGAGAUGAGUCUCUUGAUCAUGAGACUAUGCAAAGAUUUGUAUCACCUGUGACUGCAAAGAUUGAAUCAGAUGAUUAUGCGGAUUACCUUAGAACAGAGCUUCUGUACCAAACUGAGUUGCUGCAAGAACCCAGUAACACCCUUUUGCUCGCCAAUUAUGCACAAUUCCUCUACCUUGUUGCGCAAGAUUAUGAUCGAGCGGAGGAUUAUUUCAAGAGGGCGACAAAUGUGGAGCCUAAAGAUGCUGAGGCUGUGAGCAAAUAUGCAAGCUUCUUGUGGCAAGCAAGGAAGGACUUGUGGGCUGCUGAAGAGACUUACUUGGAAGCCAUUUCUAUUGAUCCGAGCAACUCUUACUACGCAGCAAACUACGCUCAUUUUUUAUGGACCACUGGUGGCGAAGACACUUGUUUUCCUCUAUCAUCUUCAGAUGCCAACUCUGUUUAACCCAUGGAAUCAAAUAAGCAAAGCGAUUAUAGCAUAUACAGAACCCCGGAAUUCUCUUUUUCAUCCACUUUUGAUGAUAACUGAAUCUUUUACAUUUUUUGUAAAACCAUAUGUAAAGAGAAAACAAAGAACCUUUUUGCAGUUUUAGAUUCAUUUUUCCUUUCUUUGUAUAGAGAACGUGUUAUUAUCUGAGCAAGAGAAUCUGGAAUUUUUAGUUGAUCGUGUAAGAUGUAUCAAUUGAGCUUUUCCACUCA